AUGAAAUUUGAAUUUACAAACUUAAAAUAUGAAAAUUUCGAUAAGGAGUUCUGUGAAUUUGAAUAUUGUUAUUUGAAAUCGAUUAACCGAACUUACAAGUAUUUAUCACUAAGAGUAAAUUUGCUUCAACUUCCCGUUACCAAAUUUUCGGUGCGAUUCCAAAUGCUCAAACGAUUCAAUGGCUAUAAACCCUUUUUGUAUGACACCACGGUUGAUGGCUGCAAAUUUUUGGCGAAUCAAAAAAUCAACCCAGUGGCAGGUUUCUUUUUUGGAUUAUUUUCAAAAUAUUCAAAUAUUAAUCAUACUUGUCCGUACGAACACGAUGUUAUUGUAGAUAAGGUUGCUGUUAAUACAAUGAAUAAUGGAUUAACCAAUGUUCUACCGUUUCCUGAGGGUGAUUACUUGUACAACAUAACUUGGAUAGCCUACGGCAAACCCCGCGCCGUAGUUAAAGUCUUUGGCACCCUUUCAUAA